AUGGCGGAUGAACUCCCGUUAUGGUUCCCACCCAUGAGUAGCGACGAUUCAUCCGAUAGUAGCAUUCUUUUUCUUCAAAAUCUCAUCGAAGAAGCCGAACUUCAAGAUACCGGCACAUCUAACCGAAGGAGAUAUAUUGAACGUCAACGUGAGGAGGGGCAUGAGACACUCAUGGCGGAUUAUUUUGUCGAAGACCCGAAGUACAACGAAGAUAUCUUUCGGCAUAGGUUCCGUAUGUCGAAACGUUUGUUUCUAAAAAUUGUGUCCGAUGUGGAAGAGAACGACCCGUGGUUUGCAGAGGCCCCCGAUGCGCGAGGUAGGAAGGGCUUUACGCCCUUGCAAAAGGUGACAUCGGCUAUUAAACAGCUCGCAACUGGAAACACUCCAGACGAGAACGACGAGUACUUGCAUAUGGCCGAAAGAACUUCCCGCGAGUGCCUAGAAUAUUUUUGUGACACGGUUUGCAAAAUAUAUGGUCCAGAGUUCUUACGUAGACCGACAAGCCACGACAUGGCACUUUUAUACCAAGCUCAUGAGGAAAAACAUCACCUUCCAGGUAUGUUCGGUAGCCUUGAUUGCACCCAUUUCGUUUGGCAUUUUUGUCCGACAGAGUAUCGAGGCCAAUAUAUGCGAGGAGAUCAUAGAUACCCGACUAUUAUGCUCGAAGCGGUUGCUUCUCAAGACUUAUGGUUUUGGCAUGCUUUUGCCGGUCCACCCGGUUCUCAAAACGAUAUCAAUGUUCUACAACAAUCUCCGUUAUUUUUAACGGAACAAAAUGGAACCGCGCCAAAAUGUCCAUUUUACGUUAACAACCAUUUAUACAAACGUGGUUAUUUGCUCGUGGAUGGAAUCUACCCUUCGUGGUCCGUGCUUUUGGCCGAUUCCGACGAAGACUAG